AGUUUUUAACGAAUCAGCGACAAUUGCGGACGUGAAAAUUCGAUACGACGGCGGUUGUAUCAACAUAUAACCUUUUCAUACCCAAACUCAUUUCAUAUUUCGUAUCAUUUAUUUACAAGUGGUUGUCAAACAGAGUUGCGGGCGCACUUCUCUGUGCCGAGUCGGUAUCAAAUUCCACGAUUGAGUCGUGUUACAGUUUCGGUUCGAAAAAAAAAUAAAAAAAUAAACACAAAAAAGUAAUUAAAUUAUGCUUAUGGCUUUUAUAUAAAAUUCAAAUACAUGCAAUAAACGUUGGUAUAAUAAAAGUAACAACAACAAUAACAGUUAGUGGCGACAAGUAUAGCGUGGCUAUAACUAGACGUGGCAAAUAGUGCAAAAACAAACAAUAUAAUAAUAUACAUAUUCGCGUGAAAUAACUGUGAACGUUUGGGAAGAGUUAUUUAACUCACCGGAAGCACAGGCAAUAAGAACAUACAUUCGUUUGUGUUGCAGCCUAAAAAGUGAAAUACCGUUGCUAUUAAUUCCAGUCGGAAGAAAUUAACAAAUUGGCAAACAAGAAAAGUCACAAAACAACAAAAUUUUCAAAAGUCUCACGCAACACUAUCGUGUUUAGACCACUUCGUGCGAGUUGCCGCGGUUCCACUCCAUGUUUUUCGGUCUUCAAGAGCUCAGCUGGUGUGUUUGUGCUUGAUUUUAUGCAAAUUAAUGGAAAGUAAUUAAAAAUCGGUGAAUGUGUACAUAUUGAUGAAAAUUAGAAAUAACAACAAAAAAAAAAAUACAAAAUCGAAAACGAGAAUUAAGUGAGUUUUCAGUGCAGAAAUAAGCAAGUAACAGUUGUUUUGCUUUUCUAACGGCAAAGCAAAGAAAUCUGAAAAAAUCGCAACUGCUGUGCAACACGCUGAAAGUGAAUAUUUUUAUCGCUCAACACAUACUCGUGCAGAUUGCAUGCAUUUGCCAGCCGUAGCUGCAUGUAUGUGUGUGUGUAGCUGAGAAAGUGUGCGUGCGAGUGCAUGAAAUACUUGCAGUAACGAGGAAGCCGUGAACAGGUGCGCGAGUGAGAGUGAAAAACCAACGUCCAUUGCGGAACUUCGAGGUAUCUGCUUUCGCACAACACGAAAAACAAAAGAAACAUAAAAUUAACAACAACAACUUAAGCUAAAAUACGCGCAGUUACUCGCUUCUGCACCCGAUUGUUUUUUUUUCGUUUUUGUAUUGGGUCUUUAAUAUUUUAUAGCGCCAACAGAAUAACAUAACGGUGUUGGUGUGCAGAUAACAGCAUCUUCGCCAACCGUACUGUGUGAGCGUACUAACAAACACAACAACAGCAACAUGGAUAACACAUCUUCAAGCAGCACCGCCGAUACGGCCAACAGUAGCGGCAGCAGCAGCACCAACAGUAACAGCAACAACUCAGAUGCCAAUUUAUCUUUCAGUUUCGUACGGGGCUCCGAUCCGCGUGCGGCCACAUGCCGUGGCAAGUUACAAAGUCGUCGCUGCAAAUUGAAUCAGGAAAUCAACAAGGAGCUACGACUACGCGCUGGCGCUGAAAACCUAUUUAAAGCCACCACAAAUCGCAAGCUGCGCGACACAGUCGCACUCGAGUUGAGCUUCGUCAAUUCGAAUUUACAGUUGUUGAAAGAACAAUUGGCUGAGUUGAAUUCUUCAGUGGAAAUCUAUCAGAGUGAUAGUCAUGAAAAUUUUAUGCCCAUGAUACCACUUGGCUUGAAGGAAACAAAAGAAAUCAGUUUUAUGGAACCAUUCUCCGAUUUAAUAUUGGAACAUUAUAGUGAGGAGCCAUCUUUGUACGUGGAUGCCAUCGCUGACAUCACAGACACCAGACAGGCGUCCAGAACACCAUCACGCGAUGCGCAAGGCGUGGCACUGCUUUUCCGUUACUACAAUUUGUUGUACUAUGUGGAACGGAGAUUCUUCCCGCCAGAUCGGAAUUUGGGUGUUUACUUUGAGUGGUACGAUUCGCUAACUGGUGUACCCUCCUGUCAGCGCACCAUUGCCUUCGAAAAGGCCUGCACGCUCUUCAAUUUGGGCGCCAUUUACACACAAAUUGGCGCACGACACGAUCGCACCACUGAAAAGGGUUUGGAUGCGGCAGUGGACAGCUUUCUGCGCGCCGCCGGCAUAUUUCGACAUAUCUACGACACAUUCACCAAUGCGCCCUCCAUGGACCUGAAACCGCAGGUGCUCGACGUGCUCGUCUCCCUGAUGCUAUCACAGGCGCGCGAAUGUCUCUUCGAGAAGUUGCAGCUGCAAAUCGAAGCGCUCGGCCUCACCGAGUCCAGUCAUUUGUUCAAAGACCUGGCAGGUGAGGCGGCGCAAUUGACGCUCGAAUACAAUGAAAUGCACAAAAACAUACAAAUGAAUGACACACACACAUACUUGCCGGAGUGCUGGGCCGGUCUGGUGCCGCUCAAAGCUGAGUUCUACAAAGCUCUGGCCCACCACUACGAGGCGUGCAGCGUUGAUGUGGCUGCCGACAAGACAUCGCUCAGCACCAAGAAGAGUCAGGCCACAUCGCAUGGCGGCACCGCCAACGAGUCAUUUAUCGGCAAUGCGCGGGAGGCGUUACGCGCCGCCGCCGCUGCCUUUGACGAGAGCGAAGAGGAUGCGGCAAGCGCGACGGCGCUGAAACGCGCCCAUCUCAAGGAGGCGCUGGCUAGUCAUGAAGAAACGCAACGCCUGCAGCGCAUGUGCAGAUUUUUGAAGAACAAACUAAGUCUGACGCAGGUGCUUAAAGAAGCCCACUACAAAACACAAGAUGAGUACGAAAAAUUUCUGGAAGAGGCGCCACAAAACGAUAUACAAGAUGAUUUUCACGUGAUAGAUGCAGUAACAGAAGCCUGUUCUAAAUUCACACUCUCCCUAACCGGCCCCGAUUUCACAUCGUAUAAAGUGGAGGACCCUUUCAAACGCCUUGGACCCAUUGCAAUAUUCUCAGCACGACGCCAUUGGACUGCGCCACGCUGUGUACGUCUGCAAAAAGGUUCGUCCAUAUAUCAUGAGAGCGCGCACACACACUACCGCUGUCACUGUCCGACGCCAAACGAGGGCCACGAAGUUGGCUGCAGUCAAUAUAAAGAGGAUGUGGAGAGCUUCGGCUUUCAUGUGCGUGGCGAUGCGCCGGUCAUUAUAGCGCAUGUCGAAAUCAACUCGCUGGCUGAUUUGGGCGGCAUUAAGGAGGGUGAUUUUAUAGUGGAAAUCGCCGGCAUCGAUGUGAAAUGGUAUUCACAUCAACAGGUGGUGCGCUUAAUACAGUCAUGUGGUAGCACGCUGGAGCUGAAAGUCAUUACGCCAAUGGAUAGAAAUUAUCUGAAGCCACUGUCGUCGAAAGGCUCGAUUUCCACGCUCUCUGCAGCCAGCUCAUCCGGCGUUUCGUCCGGUUCAUCCAGUCCUACUGGCACCACAACGAAACCAAAAGCCCGUUUCAAGACCACAUCGCCGAAGAGCCGCCUGGGCAGCCUCUCAUCGAGUUCAUGGAAUCCCUUCAGACGCACGCCGAGUUUAGCGAAGAUUUUCUGAAGCAAAAACAAAGGCAAGAAAACAAUUUCAACUCCAUUGGUGGCCAUUUUGUGCGUUUGGCGAAAAAUCCUUCCGCAUUCACUUUCAAUAUUCAUUUAACUUAAUGUAAUGCAGACUUAGUAACCGUUAGAUCAUAUAUUAUAUAUAUACUUAUUUUUACUAUUUCUUCUUUGUUAUGUGUUCGUGUGUUUAUUUCUUUGUUUUUCUUUUAUUGUCAGAAGGGAAACAGAAGAAUUUUCAGUUGAAUUGAAAUUUGUUUGCGAUUUUUUUCUUAACGGUUUUUUUUUGUUGUUUGCAUGCCGCAAUAAUUUCGUUUAUUUUCUGGGUUAUGGAAAAUAUUUGUUAAUUGUAAAUUAUAUGCAAAAAAUUUAAAAAUAUGCUAUAAAAUAUUUUCUUAUCUUAAAAUGUAAUUUUAUUAAUAUUAUUUGAAGGAAAAUCGGCUUAGUUACGUCAAAGCGCUUUCAAACUAGCUGAACGCCGCUUAAAAAAAUAUCUAAAAAUUAGUAAAACACAUAUAUACUACAAAAAUUAAAAAUUUACUGUUAUCUGGUAUAUAUGUAUGUAUAUUUGAAAUAUAUAUUUUUGUAAAUCAACCGAUGAACGCAGGGUUUAAGAGCAAAAUCCAUAUAUUUACACCUUAAGUGCUUUUUUUUAUAUACCAGUAAAUAUUUAUAUAAUAUGUACUUAUGGCUUUUGAGAAGCUUAAAAAAUUAUUUUAUAUGUAUGUAUAUAUACUUUA